UGAGGGCGGGGUCCACUGUCUGGGAGGCUGGGGCAGGUGCACUAGUGCAUGUGUGUCCACUGAACUGGGGCAGAUUUAGGGGAUCCACGCCCUGUUCCCUCCUCCAGGCUGCGAUGAAUUCAGACCUCACAGCCACACAGCCCUGGGUGUCAAACCCAAUUUUUCCACUUCGUGGCAGCGUGACCUUGAACAAGUAGCUUAACCUUUGUGGGGUAUCUGCCUAGGGGUGACGUGAGGGAUGAAAUAGGGGUGCUGCAGGGAAGCUGCGCAGCCCAGGCUCUGCCCCCACAGGGUGAAGGCUGGGGGUCCAGGAUCGGGAGCUCCUGAUCCAGACUGACCCGUGACCCGGGCAAAGAGCUGGGUGAGCUAAAAGAAUGUGGCUCAGACAGCUGACUCUCCAGAAUGCCUGGGUACAGUCCCCUCCCUGUGGCAUUGUCCUGAUCUGUCCAGAGGAACGAGAGGCAGCAGGGGCCUCCCUAGGGCAGCAGCAGGCCUCGGGUGGGCUGGACCCCCGAGGGCCAGCGCGACCCCUGGCCACCUCGGGUCAGCAGCUGAGAAACCCUUGAAUGCCAUUGCCUCUAAAAGGCCCUCAGAGGAACAGGGAAAGGAGAGCCACUAAAGGCUCAGCCUCCUCUGGGCUCCCGUAGCCUCUUGUGCUGGCUUCAUUCAUUCAUUCACUCUGUCAUUCCUGCCAUACCUGCUUUGGAUCAGGCCUCUAGCUGGACGACAGGGACAGAGAAAAGAAUCGGAUGGCCCCGUCCUCUCGGAGCACCUGGGCUGUGUCAGGGUACAGGGUGGCAGGACAAAUGCCCAGCAGAGUGUGAGGAGUGCCCCCCCCCCACCCCGGCGGCACGAGUGAGCUUCAGAGCAGAGGUGACCUUUGAGAAGAGCCUUGAGGGAUGGGCGGGACGGAGUGCAGUGCGGGUGGGUCCGGAGGCUUUCCGGACAGAAAGAAUGGGAAUCCAAGGCGGGGAAGCUUGUCAGGGCGUGGAUGCGGCUCGCAUCUCCCUCCAGACAAGGAGCGCUUGAGGGCAGGGCCAGCCAGACCUGGGCACAGAGGGGCUGGCGGGUGGUGUGGGGCAAUGUCAGGAGCUGGUCUCUGGGGAGCUGGGGGUGAGGCCCCAAGGGCAUCGGGGUCAGCAGAGGCAGAGGAGAGGCCACGGGAGAGGGCUGGGGACUCGGCUGUCUCCAGAAGCAGAGGCUGGGGUAGGGGUGGGGGCGCAGGAAAGAUGUACCCGCAGGUGGGUGGGCCAGCCUGGGCAGGGAGAGGACAGGUAGGGUCUGUCUGGACGAGGGCCACGGUGAUAGAGUCCCCAGCUGGCCCGGGAGGGUGGAGGCGGGAUGUCUUAAACAGGUGGAAAGGGCAGCUCCUUGGGUUGAAGAGAGUCCUCGGGAAGUUUCCACCCCUUCGUGAGCGUCACAGAUUCCACCGGUGAUGGCUACAGGCCCCGACCUCUGGAAUGGCACCGUCAACGGCACCUCGGAUGGGGAUGACUGGGGCUACAGGUGCCGCUUCCACGAGGACUUCAAGUACGUGCUGCUGCCCCUGAGCUACGGCGUGGUGUGCGUGCUGGGGCUGAGUCUGAACGCCGGGGCGCUCUACAUCUUCCUGUGCCGCCUCAAGACCUGGAACGCCUCCACCACGUACAUGUUCCACCUGGCCGUGUCCGACGCGCUGUACGCCGCCUCCCUGCCCCUGCUGGUCUAUUACUACGCGCGCGGCGACCACUGGCCCUUCAGCACGGCGCUCUGCAAGCUGGUGCGCUUCCUCUUCUACACCAACCUGUACUGCAGCAUCCUGUUCCUCACGUGCAUCAGCGUGCACCGCUGCCUGGGCGUCCUGCGGCCGCUGCGCUCGCUGCGCUGGGGCCACGCCCGCUACGCGCGCCGGGUGGCGGCGGCCGUGUGGGGUCUGGUGCUGGCCUGCCAGGCGCCCGCGCUCUACUUCAUCACCACCACUGCCCAGGGCGGCCGCAUCACCUGCCACGACACGUCGGCCCCCGAGCUCUUCAGCCACUUCGUGGCCUACAGCUUGGUCAUGCUGAGCGUGCUCUUCGCGGCGCCCUUCGCCGUCAUCCUGGUCUGCUACGCGCUCAUGGCCCGCCGGCUGCUGCGCCCCGCGUACGGCACCGCCGGAGGCCUGCCGCGCGCCAAGCGCAAGUCGGUGCGCACCAUCGCCGUGGUGCUGGCCGUCUUCGCGCUGUGCUUCCUGCCUUUCCACGUCACCCGCACCCUCUACUACUCCUUCCGCACGCUGGACCUCAGCUGCCACACCCUCGAUGCCAUAAACAUGGCAUACAAGAUCACCCGGCCGCUGGCCAGUGCCAACAGUUGCCUGGACCCCGUGCUCUACUUCCUGGCCGGGCAGAGGCUCGUGCGCUUUGCCCGGGACGCCAAGCCACCCACAGACGCCACCCCCACCGCCCAGGCCUGUCGCAGGCUGGGCCUGCGCAGGUCCCACGGAACUGACACGAAGAGGACAGAAGACUCGGCCAGCAGCGAGGACUCCAGGCGGACAGAGAUCACACCGGCGCGUGGCGAAGACAUCCGGCUGUAGGACCCGGACCCCUGGCGCCUGCGCACGCGUGUGGGGGGCGGGGCUGCAGACGUGUUCAAGCCGGACAGUCUCCCUCGGUUUGGCCCAUCAGCGACUCAGGCCAGAUGGUCGGGAGAGCCGGGACCCCCAUGCUCUGUCCCUUGGCCGGGGCCCCGUCUGUCCUCCGUGGUCCAGGGAGCCCCGCAGUCCCCACACCCCUCACCGUUGGUAUGUGUGAGUUGGGGGAUGAGGUUUUAAGAAAGGCAGGCAGAUGCGUGGCUGGGCCUGCCACGGUACCCAGGCUGGAGGCCGGACAGAUUGAGUCCAGUGGAAAGAUGGGUCCAGAGAGGCCAGUGACUUACGGAGAUCACACAGCUGAGCCUGGCCCUGUGCUACGGGGGAGGGGCGGGUGCAGGUUGAGCCAAGGACCCCUGUAAGGAGUCAGGGCUGAGCCAGAGGUUCCACGGUGGGUCAGGGUGGUCUCUGGGUGCCACCGUGGGCUCAGCUCUGAGGAUGUUCCCCGGCCCAGGGGAAGAGCAUCUGAGAACAGGUGCCAUAGACCCAUCUGGAGGCUGGAGCGGUUUGGGGCUGGGACUCCUACCAGAGGCGUUAUUAUCUGCCGAGCUGGGCGCUGCUGUGUGGUUGGAGGGUGGGGGUACAGCCUGCGAAGCUCUGCCAUCCACACUGGGUCCUUCCUCCAACCUCUUCUCCUCUGCCAUUUGCCUUCCCAUGAGCCACCUCAGUGGUGGUCUCACGUGAGGAUUAGCCUCUCCAGACCCCAGGUCAUCCUCUACUUUAAAGUUAGCUGGCUGGAAACAAAGCCGACUAGGAUCCAUGAGGAUGCGGGUUCGAUCCCUGGCCCCUCUCAGUGGGUUAAGGAUCUGGCAUUGCUGUGAACUGUGGUGUAGGUUGCAGACGUGGCUUGGAUCCCGCAUUGCUGUGGCUGUGGUGUAGGCCAGUGGCUGC